AGCAUUAACAAUGUGGCAACGCCAUAGUUUUUGUUUGUGUUCGUUUUUCUUAUCCAAUUUUGUUAACUUUAAUUUCCAACACAAGGCUUGAAUAUUUAGUCUUAAUAUGCUUUGCAACGACAACGCUUCAAUUGAAGGCACAAAAAAAAAAUACUCUUACAUUGCACGCUUUCGCACAACUGUCAUAGUGCCACAUGCAUCAACGUGUCUGCAACCACCUGUUGCAAUAUUUAAAAGCAUUAGUUUUGCUCCAACUAUUUUGAAGCAAUUGUGAACAUGUUGAAGCUACAACUACCACAAUAUUUCUGGCCAAUAUGUGUGUUAAGCACAUUGAUUGCCAGGCAAACAACAACAGCCACAUCAUCAUCAAGUGACUACCUUGUUGGUCGCAAUAAGAGCAUUUACAAUCCUUGUCGGCUAUCCGAUUCGCAGCUGCUGGAGUAUAGCAAUCUCUCAGAUGGCCAACAUCUGCUCGAGGCCAUUAAAAACAUUGCCAUUCCGAGAGUGGUUGGCACUUCAAAUCACAGCAUUGUGCGUCAAUAUAUUGAGCAGAGUCUGCGGGAUCUCGACUGGCAUGUGGAACUGGACAGCUUUCACGAUAAGGCACCGAUAAAGGGCACCUUGCACUUUAGCAAUAUAAUUGCCACGUUGAAUCCGCAAGCGGAUCGCUAUUUGGUCUUGGCCUGCCACUACGACAGCAAAUAUAUGCCGGAUGUGGAGUUUGUGGGUGCCACAGAUUCGGCUGUGCCUUGUGCGAUUCUACUGAAUGUGGCCAAGGUGCUGCAGCAACAGCUGCUCCCAUUGCACAACUCAAAGUUGAGUCUUAUGCUGAUCUUUUUCGACGGCGAGGAGGCGUUCGAUCAGUGGGGUCCCAAGGAUUCCAUUUACGGUGCUCGCCACUUGGCUCAGCUGUGGCAGGAGCAGGGCAAAUUGGAUCGCAUCGACAUGCUGGUGCUGCUCGAUUUACUGGGCGCACCAGAUCCCAACUUCUACAGCUUCUUCUCGAACACGGAGUCGUGGUAUAUGCGACUACUGGAUCUGGAGACGCGUCUAGGCCAGAGGCAUCUGUUGGAGCGCUAUGUGAGCAGCGGUGUCGCGAAACGUGAACCAAGGCGCUACUUUCAGCCCCAAGGGAUGUACAUAAGUCGCGUGGAAGAUGAUCAUGUGCCCUUCCUGCAGCGAAAUGUGCCCGUUCUCCAUUUGAUUCCCAUGCCCUUUCCCAGCGUUUGGCACACACCGGAUGAUAACGAAAGUGUUAUCGACUAUGCCACGACCAACAAUCUGGCGCUGAUAAUACGACUCUUCAUCCUCGAGUAUAUGUGUGACGAUGACCAGGCCAGAAAUGAGCGUAAAAUUCCCCAUUAACUAUAUAAGGCCUUAUCAAAUUCAUCUAUCUGAUUCCGUUUCCAAUUCUGAAUCAUUGUAUUUUUGCUAAUGCAAAUAAUUGUUCAGUUGUUGUAGCGAGACUGGUUUGAAUGUUUUUGUUACCUUCUCUUAAUUGAGAUCACCGAACAUGACUUAAAAAAAUCGAUUGGCAUAUUAUUUUCUUAUAACUAGUUGGAAAACAUUAAAAAAUAAAAUAAAUGUAAAUGUAUAUUGUAUAUUGUAUAUUGUAUAUAUGAACCUAAAUGCAACAUUUAUUUGUUAAACUUAAUUAUAAACUAUUUAUAAACACUCGUUAAAACUAAUUAAGCGUCUCAUGUUCAAAUGUUGGCUCCCAAAAAUAUAUAUGGCAAAUACUGCUAAUUUAUGCUA